AUGAGAAGACUCCGCAAAGUCGGGCUCUUCUGUGCCUGUGCCACGUCUGAUUCCUCCAGCGUUGCUGCUAUGAGGAAAGUGGUUCAACCGUCCUGGCUGAAGGCCGACCUCAGCCGCGCGCAGGUGUCUGUAGACUCGAACCGGUUCUGUCUGCUGGGUGAUCCCUUACCGACUGGAGCAUCUUCAAGUGCAAAUCCCUUCAGACCCCAGAAAGGCUGUUUCUUUCUGUAG